UGAAUUUGGCAUUAAUUAAUUUUUUCCUUGUUUACAGUAUGCUAACCAUCAGUUUUUCCAUUAGCCAAAAUGCAUACCACUCCAGUGAAUUGUGCCAAGAUGUUUACCAAGAAAACAUAUGGUGGCAAAUCUUUUCCUGGUCCUGGUGGUAGAUAUGCCCAGCCCUUUGGUGGCUACCCAACCACUGGUCGAGGCCCCACUUUACUACCCUUCCCUUUUGUCCCUAUUCGGGAUUUGAAGCUCAAAGACAGAGUAUCUGGAAAAUUUGAUCAAGAAACUAAUACCAAAUGUUUACACGAAAUGGCCGUUUUGCUAGCCUGCUACAAGAAACAUGACUUUGCUCAGGCGCCGUGUGCAGUUGAAGCCACUUCGCUUACAAAUUGUCACAAUAAAAUCAGGGAGGAAAUCGUGACGCGGAAGGCUAAGGAGAAGGUCGGCGACAUGAACCCAGGCGCGAAACGCCUCAACAGACGCCAGGUGAAUUCUUUAUUGCAACGUUAUCCUCAGAAGAUUGAUGAAGAAGUGUAUGGGAAACCGAGAAAUUAAAUACAAUAUUGUAAAUAUUAGUGUGUGUAAAAUAUCGUUUGAAUUUGUCCAGUUCAUUUGAAGCGUUUAGAAAUCCCCAUGACGAUUUUACACUCGAUCAUCUGUACAUUCUGUUGAAUCCAUUCGGUACAUAAUGCCUUUUUUUUUUAACAAACCGCCUCAAUAAGUGUAUAAUUCACGAACAAAAUAGUUUACAUUCUGCCAGUGACCCUUGCGAGGAAAUUAUGUUUCUACCACUCAUAAUAUAGCGGCAUCAGUGCAUUUUUCAUUUGAGGGAUGCAAACAACUUAUUCGUUAGCAUUUUUAAUCAUGGUUUGAUGAGCGCAUGUACAUUGUGCUGUAAUAUUCUAGCUCUAACAUUAUUAUUGAUUCCUAUGAGAACGAGCGCCAGUUUAGACUCAGUAACACGGAACAUGUCCAGGUCUUGCUCAAUAAUUUCAAUCACCAUCGAAUAUUCCGGAGUCACUCAUUGUGUUCCAUUUACCUUGUUGUUCUCUAUAAGCAUAAUAUAGUAUUUACUCAAUUGAAGCAGACUCAAUGGAUCAAUUGCUAAUUAAGAUACGUUAUGCAUCUGACGAGCUAGUGAAACGGUAAAAUUGCAAUACGUUAUUAACUCCCUGA